AUGUCCAAUACAACUAUCGUCUCUGGGCAGAUAGCAACUUGGCAAAGUCACUUACAAGUCUAUUUUAAAAUAAUCAAAGAAGUCUCAGCAAAGGAUCGACCUGUUCUUGUAUUCGAAGAUGAUUUUGAUCUGGAAGCUGAUGCACCGUCUCUCCUUAAAGAAGCAUUGAGUUCACUUCCAGAUGACUGGGAAGUAUUUCUUUUGGGUCACGCUAACAUGCAGUGUAAACGCGUUCAUCCAAAUAUUUGCAAAGCAUUGUUUUUUUACUGUGCUUUCGCCUAUAUGGUUCGUAAUUCGACAGUGGCUAAAAAAUUAAUUAACUGGUCUAACACAGAAAUAGGGCAAGUGGCUGAUGCGUUUUGGCUUCCAUAUAUAGGCAAUGGUUCACUUAUAGUGUAUGCUGCAGAUCCACAUCAUAUUGCCAUGCAAGAUAGACAACAAUUCGGUAGUGAUAUUCCAGCAUCAGGGCCUAUUUCUGUCGUAAAACUUCGAAAUCCAAUAUCAAAGAUAUUAAAAGCGUAA